AUGCUGCACUCCGCAGCGCGUCGAUCUGCGGCUCGCGAUGCUGUUGAGUGGGAAGCAGAAGACGUGACGGCCAUCCUGAACGAAGAGGCAGCCAACACGACACGAACCCCUCGCAGAAAGAGCAGGCGAGCGUCUCGCCUCGGGCCCAAUGCGAACCCAAGCCCCUCGAACGGUCGUGCUCACGUCGAGCUCCCUGCCCGGUCUGUCCCUGACAUGGCCGUCGCAACAACUGCAAGUCCAUCUCGACGCAUAUCUCAACGACUUCGGAAACGGCAGUCGCUUGCAGGACUUACUCCUGUCAACAGACGCGACAUAUAUGCGAUACCCAACAACCCGGAACCCAUAGCCGUGACGAAACCCCUACUCGAGCCUAUCAAGAGGCUCAGGCCGCUCAAUAAAAAAUCACAAUGGACGGAAUCGCCUUUCAAGGGCAAGGGAAUACUAGACACGAGGACAAAUGCGCUGGUAAACUUGGACGAUUCGCCUAGGAAGCGCCCCGUCAGGCCUCGCAUCGAGAAGAUUGGUCGGUCGCUUAAAAAAUCCGGCCGCCCUGCGAGCAAGCUGAAGGAAACGACGACGGCAACUAGAGGUGGAGGGCCUUUGGACGGUGAGGAUAUCUUCGAAGCCUCUCAAAUAGAAGAUCUGGAGAAGAAUAAUCCUGCAGGACAUGAUCGAAUAGUUCCAGAAGCAGAAGAAGGUCCUUCAAAUACAGAGGUUCUAACCGAAGCUUCCAUGAAGCCAUUCCAAUCCGAACCAGGGGGGGAUGCUGGUCCCGAGAUCGAGCAAAGGCCGCAAGCCCCUGCCAAAUUGCCUCAUCUGCUGGCCGAAAUAGCCCAGCAAGCACUCGCUCUAGGACCAACCGAGAAUGAUAUCCUCCACGAAGUGGUUGAAGCAAGCGGCGAGGAGGAAGCAGGCAACGCGGCCAAUGACCACGAAGAGAGAGCACCUACUCCCACUCCGGCGGUACAACGUCAGCGCCCACGGACUCAGGCUGAACGGGAUGCUGUGGAGCGGGCUGCGGCUGAAGAGAAAGCCAAACGAGAACAGAUGGUCAAAGACGCAUUGUCAGGCAUCGAGUUGGCGGUAGAAGUACUCGAUUGCAAGGACGCUUGGACAGAAGUCCUUGUUGCUGCCGCCGAAAUCACUGGGAUCCGUGCUUCGUCUGAACCAGAGUCAACCACGGGUAAAGCUUGUGCGCGUGCAUUCCGGACGAUGGCGCAUAUCUACAAGAAGCUCCACCGUGGCAACCACGGGUCUCUGCGGGAGCUGGAGGAUGAAAAACGGGAGACACUGAACCUCUUGAGGCAACGAUGCAAGCAUAUCUGUGAACAACGUCAUAAACCCGAGAUGCAUUCCGACCGUGAGCGGAACCGGAUGGCCCGAGACUUAUAUGAACACCUGAUUCCGAGCUCGUUACAAUUGGCCAAACGGGCACUGAAGGUCUUGUUCCAGAAUGACACGCUGAGCCUGACGGCCUUGAAGGAAAUCUGCCGACUCCUGAACAUAACUCUCCAGCUAGUGGAGAGCGCCAGGACUUGGGAGCCGAGACCUCGGCUGGGAAAGGCGAUCAAAAGCAAGACAUCCUCAGACAUUAAGCCCGGCGUUUCAGCUAUCGUGGAGAAUUAUCGGCGUAUGGUCGUUCAAAAUAACCGCGAGAGAUUCGUCGACGAGCUUGAAGUGCGACAGAAGCUGAACUUGGAGAGACAAAGAGCUGAAUACCAACGGAGAAAAGAGGCCGCGAUGGCAAGAUAUCGACAAUAUUGUAAUCAUGAUUACCACGGUGGUGUGGUGAUCCCAGACACGCCCGUUUCCAGUCCACAGCGCCAAUCUGUUGACAUGGGCGAGCUACUCACCGGCGACGAAGACGGCCUGCCAGAUUCUCAACAUAGAGAAGGGACGGGACAUGUCAGACCAAGAAUAAACCGAGAGCCCACCGAAGAUAUUCCCCCUCCGGCCGAGACAGAAUGGAGCCAAAGUGAAUUUAUCGUUUUGGUCAACGCUUUGCAACAAUACACCAGUGAGUCGAGGUGGGAGGACAUCAUCGACGCUUACGGCGGGCCAGGAGGGAAACUGGAGAAAUACGACAUGGACCAGAUCAUAGCGAAGGCUCGAUGGGUCAAGCAGACCAUGGCGAGGCAGCUGGAGGACGAGCUGGACAGGUCCUGGGACUGGUUGAGGAGUGUUCCGAGUUGA